GAGUAUCACAACAAACUGGGAGAAACGAAACUGAUGGUAAAGUGAGCGCCAGGAACAGGAGCAGGAGCAGUCGGUGAGAUGGCCGUCAGUAAACACAUCUUAUCCCUGAAUGAGGAUUUAACCUGCUCCCUCUGCCUGGCUGUGUUUGUGGAGCCGGUGCGGUUGCAAUGUGAGCACAACUUCUGUAAAUGCUGCAUCCAGAAAUACUGGGGGAAGCAGCGUCAGGCGGUGUCCUGCCCACAAUGUCAGCUCGUUCUCCCCCGGAGGAGCUACACCAGUAACAGGGUGCUGGCUAGUCUCUGUGGGAAGGCCCGGCUACUGGAGCUGAAGCUGCAGGAGGGUCACUCUGACUGUGAGGGUCAGGGGGAGAGUGUACACCAGGUCUGUGAGGAACACGGGGAGAAGCUGAUCCUGUUCUGUGAGGAGGAUGAGAUUCUGGUCUGUGCCAGUUGUGUGGAUACCCCCCUCCAUUCAGAUCACAGGUUCCUGCCGCUACAGCAGGCGGUUCAAAAGUACAAGGACCAGCUGAAAGCAUCCUUGGAUUCCAUGGAGGUGAAAAAGAUAAGUAAGAGUGAAUUAAAGCGACAGCAGGAGGGGAAGAUUUCUGAACUGGAUGAACUCUCUGGGUCGCUGGAACAAGAGAUCUCCACCCAGUUUGCUAAAAUCCAUCAAUAUCUUGAUGCGAAAGAGAAACAUUUAUUGGAAAGGCUGAGGAGACAAAAGGAGGAAGAUCUCCGACUGAUGGAGGAAAAUCUGAAAGAAAUUGAAGAGGAAGUUGUGUCACUUGAUGAGCAGAUGGGGAACCUUCGUCUAAACAUUGAACAGCAAGACGGAAUCGCUUUUCUCAAGGAACUAGGAAGGUUGAGAGAAAGGUACCUGCAUGAAGGGGAGGAAGGAAAAAAUCGAAAGGAAAAUCCACAGAACAGUGAAGAUGAAGAUGAGGAAGGGGAAAUUCCAGAGUGCAGUGAAGAUGAAAUAAUACUGACAUUUCCAAGACGGAAGUACAUAGAAUUCCGAGGCCCAUUACUCUACACAGUGUGGAAGCAAAUGAAACAGAUCAUCUCUCCAGUUCCAGCCUCACUGACCCUGGAUCCAAACACAGCACAUUGUAAACUCAUCCUGUCGAAGGACCUGACCAGUGUGAGAGCCGGAAACAAGACAUUCCAGCUUCCUGACCUGGAGAGAUUUGAUGCAGCUCCAUGUGUCCUAGGCUCACAGGGAUUCACAUCAGGGAAACACUACUGGGAGGUAGAGGUUGGGGGAAAGACUGUGUGGGCAUUGGGUGUGACUGAAGAGUCAUCCAAUAGGAAGGAAGAGAUUAAUCUCGGACCAGAAUACGGUUACUGGACUGUGUGGCUUCAGAGUGAAAACAAAUAUACAGCUACUGAUCGCUCAUUUGUCCAAUUGACUCUGAGUGUGAAGCCCAGGACCAUCGGAGUUUACCUGGACUAUGAGGGAGGGCAGGUGACCUUUUACAAUGCUGAUGACAUGUCCCAUCUCUAUACAUUCACUGACACAUUCACUGAGAAACUGUUUCCUUUCUUCUAUCCUGGACCAUACCAUGAGGGUAUAAAUGAUUUUCCUCUUAAACUGCAUCAUUUUGAACUGUAGAUAUAAAUUAUAGAUUGUCUCAGAGUGUGGGGACAAUGUGACUCCUGCUGGGUGACUUUUCCACGUUACAAGUAACUAUUGAGAAACAUCUAGAAGCAGCACAAAGAAAAAGGAAUUUGAUGAUGAAUAGUGGGGGAUGAAAGCCUGCAUUGGAAAGUGUAUUUUGUCCUGACUGUUUAGAGCAUACUCACUGACUGGAGUGUGUGUUACAGUGCAGCAGGAAGUUGUUCCAAUUUCACUUCCUGGCUCCUCACAUCAGCUUCCCAACCCAGGACUCUUCAGUCCUGGUCAUUCCCCUGGCAGAACCUCUGCCUCUUUGUGACUCUGGCCUCUGUGUAUCGAGGUGAAUUAGUGACAGUCAGUGUGAGGAAACUGCAGGAACAUCUUUUACACACAGGCAGACAUUAACAUAUACAUAAUUGGGACCAGCUAAAAAUCAACAUCACUGCAAUCUGGGAACACAAAAUGUUCGGGAGGCCUUAGCAAUUCUGAGCAAGAUUUAGUGAAGGGAUGAACCAAAAGUUUUCAACAAGACAAUACUGUGAGUCAGAAAUCUGUCUUUUGUUAACACAAUUCUGAUUUUGCAUCACUUGUAGAUGUUGAUUAAUUCUAAAGUUUUGUCAUACUACUUGCAAAAUAACCUUUCCUUAUAAAGUCAGGGUUUUUGACAGAA